GCCAUACCCCGCGGAAGCAAAGUACUGUGCUGAGGUAGUCUUUGUUUAAAGAACAAAUGAAGCAACAUCCGAAGCCCAACACGAGCAAUACUGUUGCACACCCUCAGCGCAUUACAAAGCGAAACAUCGAUCGGAGGGAGAAGCAAUUGCCUUUGAAGAGCACAGCUCGCUCAGACGAGGGUAGACUCAGCGCUUUGCAAGCUCUGUUGACCAGCUACGAAAAACUGCCUCGGCAGUCUGCGUACGCAAAGCAUCGCAUAGCUGUGGUACGCAAGGCUAUCUCCCUCCUUCAAAAGGAGGACCAACGCAGUGAGGAGCAAGCUCUUGAGUUGGAGAAGCUUUUGAAGCAGCUGAACAUUGGCUGACUGGGCAAUACGGUAUCCGGUCGCCUUUGCCUGCGAUAGAUAGAUCUCCUAAGCGGUCGCCAGCGUUGUGCGAUAAGUACUUAUUGGAGCUGCUUUGUCAGCUGCAUUGGGACCAGCCACCAUGGCCCUUCAUGGCAUGGAAUACUAUUCAGCGUGCGUAUCAGAGCCUCAGUCCGAGACGCGCAGGCCGCUUGUCGUCAUCUUACCGUGGAUGUGGGCUGAGCGCUCUGCCAUCGCCAAGCACGUGGCCCUGUACCACAGCCUCGGCUGCGAUGUCGCGGUGUUCCGCGGCUGGCCAGCGCUGGCUGUAUGGAUUCCCCUCCUAGCAAACCGCAACGCCUCAUUGCUAUUGAACGCACUUGCAGCCCACCUAAGGGACUCCCCUCGCGACGUCCUGCUGGCCUGCUACAGCGGCGCCGCCAAGGGCGUCCUCUGCCCGCUGCUGGAGCGCCUCACAGCAGCCAACACAACAGGAGCGGCCCCCCCGGCCCAGGCUGCAGGCUCCUCGCCACCCGCUGCCCCCAGUCAGCCAGCGCCUCACAGCGCGGCAACCACCACCCUAGCACCUCCCCCCAGCUCCUCCGGCACCCCUUCCUCCCUUCCAGCCCAACCCCAUUCCAGGGCUGCAGGGGAACAGACCCCGCACCUCCCCUCGCAACCCCAGCCCCAGCUGUCCUCCUCCUCCGCAUCCCCCUGCCCCCUGCCGCGAGAACCCCAAGCCCGGCUGCUGCGCACCCACCUUCGUGGCAUCAUAUUCGACUCAGGACCAGUGGAUUUCGAUUCCGCAGUCGGCGUCCGACUCUUCACCACUGCAAGCGUCCCAUGGGUCCGUCACCUGCAGGCUGCGGCGAGCACCGCCGCUGCCGGGCUGCUAGACUUCUGCCUUUACGAGCGUUUCGAGGCGCAGCGGCAGCGCAUGUGGGAUGUGCUGCGGGGAGGCCUGCUGGCCCUCCGACUGCCUGUGUUGUUUCUGUACAGCUGGCGGGGGGACAAGCUGGCGAACCCGCAGCCCAUACAUGCGCUGGCGAGGGCGCUGAGGGCAGCGACGGGAGCGGCUGCGGCAGCGGGGCAGGGGAGCGGUCAGCAGGGCGGGGGCUGCAGCAGCGACAGCGUCGCCUGCAGCAGCAGCGACAGCGACGACAACUGCAGCGGAAGCGCUGGGGGUGCAGCGCAGGUGCAGGCGCCCUCCCCUGUGCUGGUUCAAGAACAGGCGUGGGACGUGUCGGGGCACGUGGCGCAUCUGCGGCUGCACCCGGGAGACUACCGGGCGGCGGCGGGGGCCUUCCUGGGGCGGUGUGGGGGUGUGGGAGGGGGCAGCGGGGGGCCGUGAGGGAUAAGAAAGAUGCAUGGAGGGGGAAGCGGGGUAGAGUAGGAUGGAGGAGUGCUGAAUUGCGUGAAGUGCUGGAAGCUUAGGGGAUUGCAGUAGAAUGGUUUAAAGGCAGUAGGGUGCUAGAUACAUAGGUUGGACUGCAGGCGCAACACCGUUAAGAGGGCCGGAGGGAGGCAGUGAGGCUCUUGCAUGGGUCUGGGAAUGUAUGAAGUGGUUAUGUGCUGGAGUGAACCACAGCGGUUAGCAGGAGUUCCGCCUGCCUGUGAAAUGCUGGUGUGUUGCAUGUGGCGGUGCUACCGGUAUGCGCUGGUUGGCUUUGGGGGUGCACUGGGGAAGCCCCUUGCAGCGCCCUGCCGCUCCUGUUAAUUGUGGCAUGCAGCGCAGUGGCUGGUCGGGCCUGCGGGUGCUCAUCGGAAGCAUGCGGCUGCCGGCGUUCUGAGGGUCGAUGCAAAAAAUGGCCGCAUAUGCUGUAACGUGGUGCGCGUUC